AUAAAAAUAAUAAUUGUCAACAUCAAUAAUGCCGAACUAUGCCGAAGCCCAAGUCACAUUGUAGUUUAUAUUUUGGAUUAUUUUUUAUCUGCUUCAGUAAAUUCAUGUUAUUUAUUUGUUAAAUUUUAUUGUAAUUCAAAAUUAUUUUAUUGUGAAAUAUUUAUUAAUACAAUAAUACAAUGGAAGUAACACGUACAAAUUUUCAACAAGUUUUAAGUGAGCUUGAUCUAGUACUGAAAGAUGCAACAUUUUUAGCGAUUGAUGGAGAAUUUACAGGAUUAAAUUCAGGACCUGACGCAAAACCAUUUGAUACUCCAUCACAAUAUUAUAAAAAAUUGAAAUCCGGUUCAAUGGAUUUUUUGCUUGUACAAUUUGGUCUUUCAGUUUUUACAUUUGAUGCACAGACAAAUAAGUAUAGUCAAAGGUCUUAUAACUUUUAUGUAUUUCCAAGACCAUUAAAUAGAUUGGCACCAGAUUCUCGAUUUAUGUGUCAAGCAUCAUCAAUUAUAUUUUUAGCAUCUCAGGGAUUUGAUUUUAAUAAAUUAUUUAGAGAGGGUAUACCUUAUUUGACAACAAGUGAUGAAGAUAAAUUGAAAAAUAAAUUGAGUGACAGACAAAAAGCCAGAGAAGAUGGUUUAGAAUUGAUACCUAUUUCAGAUGAUGACAAACCUCAAAUCGAGGAGAUUUGUACAAAAAUACAAGACUUUGUAAAUUCUUAUGAGGAGGAAAUAACCCUAAACAGAUGUAAUGCUUAUAUUAGAAGAAUUAUACAUCAGGAAGUACGACUUCGAUGGCCUAAUAAGAUCAGAGUUGAGGGUAAAGUUGAUGGUACAACACAGGGUUUGGUUGUAUAUAAAAUGGGUAGUAAAGACGAAGAGAAAAAAAAAGAAAAUGAGAGACGUGAAAAAGAAAAAGAUGAAUUACAAGAAGCUGUUGGACUAAGUCUGCUUUUGAGAAAAAUUGCUGAUUCGAAUAAAUUGAUAGUUGGACACAAUAUGCUUUUAGAUCUUUGUCAUAUAGUCCAUCAAUUUUUUGGUCCACUACCUGAUUCUUACAAAGAAUUUAAAUUAUUAAUUCACAAUUUAUUUCCCAAUUUAAUGGAUACUAAGGUACUCUCACAGGCACCUCAUUUUAAAGAUCAUAUUCCUUCAACUGUAUUGAAUUAUAUGCUGGAGAGUAUAAGUAAACCACCAUUUUCAUUACCUCAAAUAAUUCCUGUAGAAAAUACUAGUUAUACUACCAAUAGUGAAACAUAUCAUGAAGCUGGUUUUGAUGCAUAUAUUACUGGACUUUGUUUUAUUGCAAUGGCUAAUUAUCUUGGAUCAUUAGAACCAACGCCAGUUUCAACGGUGCUUCCUGGUUCAGAUUUAUUGUUACCUUAUAUCAACAAAUUGACAAUGCUCAGAUUAAAAGAUUUUUCUUAUAUAAAUCUUGUUGGAAAUGACCCUCAACCAACCAGGAACCAUGUCUUUCAUGUGAUUUUUCCAAAAGAGUGGAAAACAAGUAAUUUGCAACAACUUUUUGCUCCAUUCGGAGGUGCUUAUAUAUCGUGGUUAACAGACACAACGGCCUAUGCAGGAUUAAAUUGUCGUGAAAAAGUCCCGAUAUUACUUAAAAAAUUAAAGAAAAAAAAUAAUCGUUUGGGAAGUGCUCAGAUCAGUACUUAUGCACGUCAUCAAGAGCUACUUGAUUUGCCAUCGUCACCAAAGAAUGCAGAAGAAGAAAAAGGAGAAAAAGGAGAUCGUAAACGAAAGCAACCGCCGACUGACUAAUAAUGAUUGUAGAGUUAUUAAGGAUGGCAAUAAAAAGGGACAUAUGCUAAAGGUGUGGUGUAGUGUGGUGUGGUGUGGUGUGGUGUGGUGGCUAAGACUUUGAUGCAUAAAACGGGGAUAAUAAAGAGCCAACUUGGAUAUAAAGAAAGAGAGAAAGAGAGAAAGAAAGAAAGAAAGAAAGAAAGAAGAAAAGCGGUGAUGUUGAUCCUGAUGCUUCUGCUGUAACCCGCAUCUCGGCUACGCCCUCGGGAUCGCGCGUAAUGAGUUCUACACGCUUUUAAUAUUUUUCCCUUUCUCUUUCUCGAUUUAAUAUUUUUUAAUCUUUAAUUUUUUUACCGUUGAUUGCCUGUUUAUAAUAUAACACAGGUAGACACUUACCGACUAUGGCGCCCUUCCGUAAUCAACGCUGAGUUUUACUUAAUUGUUGAAACUCAAUCAAACGAUAUUAAUAAUAGAAACAAAGAUAGAGAAUACUCAAAAAAAGAGAGAUAAAAUGUUAUUGUAGUAUUAUAUAUUUUUUAUAAAUUUAUAAAAAUCACCAAUCAUCAAUUGAAACUCA